UGCGUUAUCAGAGAAUAUAGAUAUGGCAACGUGUAUCGUGAUUGGUGAUGUCAUUUUUAUAAUAUUCUGGUUUUGCUUUUCAAAUUAAAAUUUUCUUGAAGUGUUGCUUGUUGAUAACGAAUUGAUUCGAAAAUAAUAUGAUUGCAGUUAUUCAUCAAUGAGAAUGCGAUUUCUGUGAUACACAUUGACACUCCACUGGUUUCAAAUGAUAACACAAAUAAUUAUAGCUAGAUAGUGCGUGUAGUAAGCACAUGUAAUCGCUUACUCAAUAACUGAACGAACAAAUUCAAUGUUUUUUGGUAGAUGUUUUCAUGACCAGUCCUGUGUUUGUUUCACGGUUUUCAAGAAGUAUUGUACCGGCGGAAAUGGAAUUUGCAAUUGGUGGUGCUGCGGCAAUGGGUGCUGGUUUCUUCACGAAUCCACUGGAGGUUUUGAAAACUCGAAUGCAGUUGCAAGGUGAAUUGAAGGCUAAAGGUCAACACGCCGUUCAUUAUAAAAAUGUGAUUCACGCAGGAUAUGUAGUUGCUAAAAAUGAUGGAAUAUUAGCCCUUCAAAAAGGUUUGGUGCCGGCACUGUGGGUACAACUAUUUUUGAAUGGAAUGAGACUAGGGACAUAUCAGUUUGCAAAUAAUAGAGGAAUGGUAAAGGAUGUACACGGAAAUGUGAUAUUUUAUAAAAGCGUCUUGGUUGCUGGUGUAGGUGGAACUUUAGGCCAGCUUUCCUGUAGUCCAUUCUUUUUAAUAAAAACUCAUCUUCAAGCACAAGCUACAGCUUCCAUUGCAGUUGGGCAUCAACAUCAUCAUAAUGGCCUGUGGCAAGCCUUGAAGACAAUUUAUGGACAGCAUGGGAUACGAGGGCUGUUUAGAGGAGCUGCAGCUUCCAUUCCACGUGCCGCUGUAGGAUCAGUUUCGCAACUGAUGGGAUUUGAAUAUGCCAAACAGUAUUUACUCGAAUAUCAAUAUUUCAGAGAUAAAAAACUUCUCACUGCCUUUUGUGGUAGCAUGGUCGGAGGUGUAGCAAUCAGUGUGGCCAUGACGCCAUUCGAUCUUAUCAUGACAAGACUCUACAACCAACCUACCGAUGCAAGUGGAAAAGGAAAACUUUACUCCAGUUAUAUGGAUUGUGUAUUGAAAAUCUACAGAAGUGAGGGUAGCGCUGCUUUCUACAAAGGAGUUGGGCCGAUGUAUCUUAGGUUAGGUCCCCACACCGUAUUAUGUCUGGUGUUUUGGGAUCAACUAAAUGCUCUUCAUGCGAAUUUUUUCACCUUGAAAAACUGAAGAAAGAAAUGAAGACAGUGUUAUUUAUUAGUCAUGCAUAAUUUUAAAUGUAGUCCUAUGAGUUGUUUUGAAACAUAGACAUAUGUAAAUGCGAUCUGAUUCAAAGAAAUUCACCUAUGGUGAAUUUUUAUAAACUCUCUAUUUUAUGAACUGCAAGGGUUUCAGUGUAUUAUAAAUGUUAAACAUGAGGUGAUAAAAAUUGCAAAUGUGAAAAUGUAUAGAUACUAUUAUAAAUUACUCGUAUUCAGUGAUUACAAUUCCCCAAAAUGUCAUAAAAUAAAUUAUAACUUCGAGUUUUACUAUACGACAAGCACUGAAGGUAAUUCGAUCGUGAACUAGAAUAAUGUACACAAUAGCUGAUUUGUAAAAUGAUUAGUUGAGAAUGAAUUGUGAAAAUUAUAUAUCUAUUUUUAUUUCGAGUAGUCUUCUCCGAAACUAUAGAAAAUGCUCAUAUCUUCAAUUUUUUUCAACAGACUAUUUUAGAUAUAUGACGUACAUGAUUACAACUCAUUUUUGAAAUAUACCAGGGUGUCUAAUUAGCAAGAUUAUUCAGUGGAGCAAAAAUAAAACAUGUCUUUUUUUG